AUGAUUUCAAGUAGAAGGAGCCUGCCCAUAUCACAGAUCGGGCUUUGGGGCAACCCUUCUUCUGAGUUGAGACAGAGCAGACUCGUGACUCAGACAUCAACCACCGAGUCAGCAUCGUUUCCAGCUGGUAUCACCAAUCGAAGUCGACAACAUCGAGAAUGCCGGAGUUGCAGAAGAGUUUUGUGCCUUAAACCCCAGGCGGAGAAGUGCUUUUCGAGGGCUCCCAAGAUUGGCAAUGAAGUUAGGCGCUCGCGAGGAUGCCGGAGUUCGUUGGGAUGA